UAAGGCAAAAUGCCUCGCUCUUUUUCUCUUCAGUUCUUUCACACCUCGCCGCUACUACCAGCACCCAUCAGGAGACGCAUCUAUGCAAUGACACUGAAGUCCGACGACGGCAACAACAAAGACGAGAGAUCAAACAAGUACAAGGAGCCCAUGAUGCCUAUGCCGAGACAGACCAUAAUCCACCUGUUGCUGGUGGCGUUGGCCGUCCUCGCAUCGACCGCCAUGUCGUAUGCGGUCGGCGGCGACAGAUCCAACAGCGCACAGCUUCAACAGCGUCAAGUUGCAUCGUCGCCGGCACCACAGUCCAGCGGCGGCGCGACAGCAGAAGCACCAGCCCCGGCGGCUUGUGUGUCGGUCGACUUGGCAAACCCCAUCAAGGACAUCUACCCGAUGAACGCAACGGGUGUCCUCAACGCCACGCUCACCAUCCUGCCCAUCACCAUGGAGGCGGCCCGGCGCAUCAUCCCUGCCAAGUACGCCAUCCUGGAGCGGCCGCUGCGGGCAGCGCUGCCCGACUUUCCAGAGGGCAUGUACCCGGUGCUUCUGCAGGCGGCGCACGACCACGACGUUGGACUGCAUGGGUUGGGGUUUACACUUCCCGACUUUUCGAGAGUCGGCUACGAGUUCCCCUUCAUCGACCUGCUGGGAGACGGCUACUCAUCCUUCCGUUGGGCGCCUGCUCAGUUCCUGUCGGCCGACAAUGAAAUGGCCGUCAACGGAUCGCGCGACUACGGCACAAUCGUGCACCCAGCCACAUUCGACCCAGCCUGCGACGCGUUCCGCCCCUCCGAGGACGGGAAGCUCCUCUUUGGCGCAAAGUCUGCCGAGCCAGAGUCGUCGCUCACGCUGGAGUUUACACGCACCGCCGGCGCCCAAGCCGUCGACGCGCAGCCUUACCCGGUCGCCUUCUUCCGCAACAUCACCAACCAGCCCAGCUUCGCCGACGGCAGCAAGUGCGACCAGAUGAUCAGGCUGUUCAACACGACGCUGUCCCAGGAUCCGUUGGGUGCACCGGCCGCGGUCAAGGGGCGGGUCUCUGCGACCAACGUCGGUCUGGGCGAGGAGCUAGACGGGGGCGAGGUGGAGGGCAUCCACGUCGCGACGGCUUUCGUCGAGAACAAUUACCUCGACUGCCAGUCGCUCAAGGGUUACAUGGGGACUGGGGGUUCAGGGGAUUCGGACGUUUGAGGAAAAUCGGGGUGAUUUUGUUUUGGGUCCGGUGUUUUGAGUUUUUGGGAUGUGCAUUUUAAUUUGGCUCCUAAUUUUGGUCCUGGUUUUUUUUUUCUUCUUCUUUUUUUUUCUGGAAAGGUCGUUGGCGUAGACAACUAUCAUGAUACCCCUUAUAACAUGACAAUAUCUGUUUUUAUGUUUGUAUUUGUUUGUCGUUGGAGA